AUGGACGCGCCCGAUCGCAAGAGACUAAAGUCGACAUACAAGGCGGCACAGGAUCUCCCACCGCUGCCGCCGGGCUGGACCGAACACACCGCACCAACAGGUACUUUUCCAAAAGUUCAUGGUUGUCAGUUCAAGACACUCAUUGACACGCUNACAGGUCACAAAUACUACUACAACACGGCCACCAAAGCCUCGACAUAUACACGACCAGCCGCCACUCCUGCAGUCCCUACUCCGCCCCAAGCUCAGCCCGCCUAUUCUCCUCCGCCAGCUACCUUCCAUCCAGCUCAGUACAACCCAAACGCUGCUGCCCAAUACAACUUAAACCCUGCCGCUCAAUACGGCCAAUCCGCCGCUGCAUACAACCCAUACCCAUCAAAUGCUCAGUACAAUCCAUACCCACCAUACGGCCAGCCUGCAUUCAACUCUGCUGCUCCCUCUCACGAGCCACGACGUCGACCACAGCCUCAAGACCGCCCAAAGCGCAAAGAAGUCAUUCCGAACUGCAAGCCAUGGGUCGUUGUUUACACCAAGCUUGGCCGACGCUUCGUUCACAACCCCGAGACCAACGAGAGUUUUUGGAAGUUCCCAGACGAUGUCAUGAAGGCCGUUGUCGAAUUCGAUCGCUUAAAACUGGAUGACAAGCUCAAGAAUCUGGACGAGGCCAGUGGUGCCAACAAGUUCUCUGUAGCGGAACGCGCUCCUAAGCAAGAACCUGAGAAGGUGGCUGAGAAGUCAUCUGAGAAGCCUGAGGACAAGACCAAAUCGCAAGAACCUGAAAAGCCGCAAGAAGAUGCUGCUGGAUCAGACUCGGAAUACGAGGAGAUUGAGGUUACAGAUGACGAGGAUGAGGAGGGCGGUGCGCCGCGACAAGAAGAAGACGGCACAGAAGCCGAAGAUGGACCUCUCGAGUUCGACGAAGACGACAUCGCCUAUCAGCUAGCUGCAAUGGAAGACUCGUAUGGUCUCGAUCGCGGCGAAUUUGGAGGUGGUGGGGAAGAAGAAUACGAAGAGGGCAUGGAAGGCAUCCCUCUGACCGACGAAGACGGCGCGGCGCUAUUCUGCGAUAUGCUCGAGGACCAGCACAUCUCGCCCUACAUACCUUGGGAAACUCUCAUCUCCGACGGCCGCAUCAUAGAUGAUAGCAGGUACACUGCUUUGCCGACUACAAAGCGCAGGAAGGAGGUUUGGGGCGACUGGACUCGCACCAAGAUCGCACAACUCCGCGAACAAAAGGCUAAACAGGAGAAGCUGGACCCACGCAUCCCUUAUCUGUUUCUACUGUCCGAAAAAGCAACGCCAAAACUUUACUGGCCAGAAUUUCGUAGGAAGUACAAGAAAGAAGACGCCAUGCGCGAUGCGAAGCUCAGCGACAAGGAAAGGGAGAAGUUAUACCGCGAACACAUUGCUCGUCUUAAGCUUUCGUCUUCGCAGCUGAAGUCAGACUUGAUUACUCUCCUCAAGUCUCUACCCCUCAAACACUUGAACAGAAACACCAGACUUGAGAACCUACCCAAGGAUCUUCUAAUCGAUGUCCGGUUCAUCUCUUUGCCUCCUAAAUCUCGCGACGAUCUACUGGAAGCACACAUCUCUACCUUGGCGCCCGCGCCAGAUGAGGAGGAAGCAGCAACCGAAGAAGAGAGAGCAGAGCAGGAAAAACAAACCAAGGAGAGGAGGCGUAGAGAACAAGCACUGAGGGAGAGAGAGCAGAAGGUCGAGGAAGAAAAGAGGAAGAGAGAAAGGGACUUGGCCUUUGGACGCGGUCGAUUGGGCGAGGCUGAGAGGGAGUUGGAGAUGGCCAUGAAGGUCGGAAGGAGUGGAUUGAGAGCGCAGAUUGACGAGGCCAAAGGGGACGAAGAGUAG